AUGCAUCUGUCUAUAGUUAUCUUAGCACUUUCUGCUGCUAGAGCUAUUGCUGACUUGCACACUCAUGCUCUUUGUGUUGCCAGGGGCGGCGACGACUUUGAAGCCACUGAGUGUGCAUGCGGACUCUACAGAUUGCGCAAUACCGGAAUCAAGCCGUGGGAUAGCUGCCCUGAUUGCUUUUACAACCCAAUAUCAGGCGUCUGUCACUCAAAAGACGGGCGUAUUGGCGGCGAUGAGGUAAUGCCUUUAGACUAUCUAAGAUACUAUAAGUAUACAGCUAACAGUUGUUUUCCUUUUGUUUUCAAGUUUGAACAUUACUGCAGCAAGAGGUGCGGUGCCCAAGGUAGCCGGGCAAACUAG